UGGGAGUGUCUUGCUUCUCGCUGUGACCGCUCAGGCACGUGCUCGUCAACAUGUCAAAAAAGACUUUAGUUGGUGCCAUUUUUUAUGUUGGUGUUUGUUGGGUGCUAGUUAGUUUUCUUUUUGUACAAGGGAUUAAUGCUCAAGAUCUGAUGUGCUGCUCACACGCAACAGGAUCAUGUAGAAGUAUCUGUGAAAAGAUAUCUUUGGUACAAUUAGCCGCAGAUGUAGACUUAAGGAACCAAAAAAUAACAGAAGUACAAAAUUAUUGCUCAUCGCAGCUGAGCUCAUUUUGGGAGUGCCUCAAUGCAACAUUUAAAGAUAUAUCUCGGGGAGACUCCUGGUCGGGCAGAAUUUGCUGUCAACUUCCACACAGCGAGAGUUGUAGAAAAGCUUGCAUAACUGCAACAUCAACUUUUGAUCUCAACAAAGGUUGCAGGCAGAGCGACGAAAUAGCGUUUUUUAGUUGUCUAGAUCGCCAAAAAGUUGGAGAAGAUUGCUGCAAUAAUGCACGAAGCCAGGAGUGCAAAGAUGCAUGUACAGACAUUUUCCGUAGUGAAUUAACUCCUACGAAAUCUCAACGGCAAAACUUGAGGGAGUUUUGCGAAAUGGGUAGUCCCAAAGUUACCGACUGUGUUAAGGAGAUUGUUAAAGUUACUCCUGUGAAAAAUAUUCAUGAACAUAUUCAUUGCUGUGAUAAAUCAAAUAAUAUUAAGUGCAGGGAAGCCUGUAAAAAGGUGUUAUCAACAAAGACGACUUUGCAGGAUAUUCAUGAUGGUUUGUCCCUAGGAGGAUGUGGUUCACCUCUUCCGCAGGAAUACUUCUGGCAGUGUUUCCUAAAACCGGACAUAGGUCCGGUAUCAACAUCAGUGGAAAUCUCUCGGAUAGAUAGAGUUGGAAUGGAUAGUGCCAAGUGGCACUGCUGCCAAAGAGCGAAUUCUACGCAAUGUGCAAGAUUGUGUUCCAAGACGUUUACGAAAUUUUGGGCGACAUCUUGGGACGACUUCCAUUAUAAAUGUCUAACUCAAGUUUCAGAAGAAGGUUUAAGGACCUGUAUUGAUGAAGUGGAUGAACCAUGCGAACUAGGUUGUGAUGGAUUAAGUUUUUGCACGAAUUUCAAUAACCGGCCGACUGAACUUUUUCGAUCGUGUACCUCGCAGGCAGAUGAAGCUGCAAGAAAUGACGUAACUCUUUGGCAGAGCCAAAAUAACAUCACCUUAGGACCGGGAUUAACACUGCCUUUAAAAAGCAUAUCAAAAUGUUCACCAAAUGUGUGGAAGGCAGUGGCUUGUACACUACAGAUAAAACCAUGUUCCCGUCAUUCUCAUGCAAACCAAAUCUGCCGAGACGUAUGUUUAGACAUUUUAUCGCAAUGUGUAGACUGGACAAGAUUGUCUCCCAUUUAUUCGGCCGAAUCUAUAUGCGAAAAUUUAUCUCCAGAAGAUCCAAAUAUUUCCUGCAUUAAACUACAGAAUUAUCUUAAUCCGUCUUCUUAUACUUAUCCGAGAAUAACAGGACAGAUCUCUAGCCCCUGCAAAGGCAAUCCGUGUGAGGCUAAUGAAAUAUGUUUGAUCAAUAAAAAUUGUAUUCAUGGGACUAAUUGUCAGCCAUAUAUUUGCCAACCCGGAUGUAAAUUAGGCGAAGUUUCCCAAUACAUGGUACCAGACGGAACAUAUGUCCGAAUACCCUUACCAAAUAAUCCGAAGGGCUGUUUAAAAAUAUGCAAAUGUAACAAGAAUAAGGUCGAAGAGUGCCAGCCCUUACCGUGCAUUACACUUACGUCUUGUCUUCUCGGUAGUACCCAGCAGUUACAUGGUUCUACCUUUCACAUCGAUUGCAACAAAUGUAGCUGCUACGCUGGUGAACAGAUAUGUAGCAAGAAGCAGUGUGAAAGCAGUUCUCUGAUUGGGAGGAACACUGCUUAUACUACAUUGCCUUGCAAUUGUCCACCACAUUAUGUGCCAGUUUGUGGAAGGAAUGGAAUUACGUACCCUUCUGCUUGUCUUGCAAAAUGUGCGGAUUUAAACGAUUCAGAUAUUGAACACUAUCCCUGCCAAAAUCCUUGUAAACCAAAUACUUGUCCCAUUGGCCAGAAAUGUGUGCCAAAUCCUCAAGUGUGUUUGAGUCUCAUGCAUAAGCCCUGCAAACAACAUGAAUGCAUUAAUGGUUCAUCCAAUUGUUAUGACCUCCCAAAAGAUCCUGUUUGUGACAUCGACAACAAACAGUAUGAUAACUCAUGCCUUUUAGCACAUCAUAAUGUCAAGUUGGCUUACAGAGGUUCAUGCUUACACAGGUGUAAAUUUAAAGGUCAAGUAUGCGGAUUUAAUGGAAAAACCUAUGUAUCAGAGUGUGCCGCUUUUGCUGAUAAAAUUGCAGUGGACUAUGAAGGACCAUGCUUAGCAAUUGGGCUGAUAACUCAACUUAAAGCACAGCAGUGUUCUGGUGUUAAGUGUCCUAUAUUGCAGAAUCCCAACUGUUUAGGUAUUACACCUCCUGGGGCAUGCUGUCCAAUUUGUGGAGGAUCACUCCGCAUAUUAUACUCAAGAAAACAAAUAGACAGGGCUUUAUAUGCUUUACAGAAUCAGACAACCAAGUCAUUGAAUCUCAUAUCAGUUCUGCGUGCAUUAGAACGUCAAAUUCAGUUAGCUCAAUGCACAUUGAGAGGCUUUGUAACAGUGGAAUUAGAUAUAUUUGUAACUGUGCAGAGUACAGAGAGAUACCCAUCAGAGCUUCAACUCGAAGCUUGCAUAAGAGAAGCUGAAAAAAUCGCAAGUUUAGUGAACAUGCAAAGUCCACGGAUUGCCAGUGAAUUAAGUUUAAGCUCCUUAACAGUAGCCAGUGUGGUUCAUACCCAAGUUAGUGCGAGUACAAGCAAUCACGUCAACUUCAUUAACUACCUGUUCCCAUUAAUCAUACUUUUAUUAUUAAUCAACAGAGAUUUUUUGUAAAACUUGACUGAUAUUAUUAACAUGACGUGUGCAUAAAAUGAGCAACUGUAAUACCUACAAAUCUUAAUGAUAAUUUUGGAUGUACCUUAAUCUCUGUAGUAAUUAGGUACUAUGAAAAUGUUGAGUACAUAGAAAAGUUGUUUUAAAUUUAUCACAAUUUUGUGCCAAUUGUAAAACAUAGGCCAGUUUUUCAGCUACUUUCAGUACUGUUCAAAACUUCGAAAUAUUUUCCAUAUCUAGUUUUUCAAAACAAAGUUAAUAUAUAUAAGGAAGUAAAUAUCUGUGAUAUUGUAAUAUAUUAAGAGAUUACUAAUUAUUACAUAAAGAUUUUUUAAAUGAAAGUUUCAGACUGUUUGUAUAUAUGUAAUUGUAAAUAAUGUUUUUAUAAUCAAGUGCCUUUUUAAAAAAACAUAGUAUAAUAACAUCACGUUGUGGACUGUAGCAAUUGCAAAAUUUAUUAUUUAAUUGUUAACUGUGUUUUAUGUUACCAAAGAAUGUUAUGUUUAUUUUAAGGAUUAUAUGAUUUCUUAUUACAAAUAAAGUUUAUAAAUU